AUGCCUGGUCCUACCGCAACAGGCGCGGGCAUCGGCGCCGUCGGUCGCAAAAACCCCUUCCUCGGCAUCGUCAUGGUCGCCUUCGCCGCCUUCGGUGGUAUCCUCUUUGGUUAUGACACCGGCACCAUCUCUGGCAUCCUCGCCAUGGACGACUUCAAGCGCACCUUCGGCCAAUCCGGUACCAUCAGCACAUCUCGUACAUCUCUCAUCGUGUCCAUUCUUUCGGCCGGCACCUUCUUUGGCGCGCUUGGCGGGGCACCCGCCGCCGAUGUUCUUGGUCGCCGUCUUGCCAUCAUCAUGUCCUGUGUCGUCUUCGUCCUUGGUGUCGCCCUCCAGACAGGUGCUGGAAACUUGGCCACUUUUAUCGUCGGCCGCUUUUUCGCUGGCUUCGGCGUUGGUCUCGUUUCCAUGCUCAUCCCCAUGUAUCAGUCCGAGUGCGCCCCCAAGUGGAUCCGCGGCGCCGUCGUUGGAGGCUACCAGUUCGCGAUCACCAUCGGUAUUCUACUUGCCAACGUCCUCAAUAACGCUACCCAGAACCGUCAGAACCACUCCGCAUGGCAGAUCCCUAUCUCCAUCCAGUUCAUAUGGGCGUUUAUUCUCUUCACCGGCAUGUUCUUCUUGCCCGAGACUCCGCGCUGGCUCAUCAAGCGUGGCCGAAUUGACGACGCGAAACGUUCACUCUCUCGUCUCACAUCGAUGCCUGUCGACGAUCCGGAGCUUCUCCUUGAGAUUGAGGACAUCGCCGCCUCCUUGAAGCAAGAGGAGGAGAUGGGCGAGAACUCGUAUCUCGACUGCUUCAAGUUUACGCACAACAAGAUCUUCCUCCGUACCUGCACCGGCAUCUUGAUUCAGGCAUGGCAGCAGCUUACCGGAAUCAACUUCAUCUUCUACUACGGCACGACGUUCUUCAAGAACGCUGGAAUCAGCGAUGCUUUCCUCAUCUCCAUUGCCACUUCUAUCGUCAACGUCUUCAUGACCAUCCCCGGUAUGUGGGGCAUCGACAAGUUUGGACGCCGCCCCCUUCUCCUCUACGGCGCUAUCGUCAUGUGCAUUUGCGAGUACCUCGUCGCAAUCGUCGGUGUUACCAUCUCCAUCAACAACAAGUCCGGCCAGCAGGCGCUCAUUGCGCUCGUCUGUAUCUACAUCGCCGCCUUCGCAUCCACCUGGGGCCCGAUCGCGUGGGUGAUCACCGGCGAGAUUUUCCCGCUCAACGUUCGCGCAAAGGCGAUGUCUCUCUCUGUGGCCUCGAACUGGCUCUGGAACUGGGCGAUUUCGUUCGCGACCCCCUACCUCGUCAACGUCGGGCCAGGUAACGCCGGCCUCGAGGUCAAGGUCUUCUUCAUCUGGGGAUCGACGUGUCUUGGAUGCGUCCUCUUCACUUACUUCUGCGUCCCGGAGACCAAGGGCUUGUCCCUCGAGCAGGUCGACCUCCUCUACCAGAACUCGACUCCACUCACCAGCGUCGCAUACCGCCGCGAGCUCAUCGCCAACGACACUCACGUUGGGCGGGCCUCUGGCGCGGCUGGUGGCGUGCACGAUGCUCCUGAUGAGAAGAUGGAUGUGUAA